AAAGAGCAUUUCUGCUUCUAGUGCAAUAUUCAACCGGAAAAAGAAGACAAGAAGAAGAAGAAGAAGAUCCCUUGUUCGCUGUCGUCGUCUGGAAGAGUUGUAGGAGAAAAAUCUAACAAGCUAAGGUUGAGUAAUUGCCUCGCUGAAACUGCAGGCGCGUAAAUCGCCAUUUUGAGCGUUCAACGCCUCAAGACUUCGCGUGCAACAAGGCAGAGCGUUUAGCAGAAUGGUUGAAGCAGACAUACCAGGGAAGCUCUUCAUCGGUGGGUUAAACACGGAGACCACCGAGAAGGCCUUGGAGCAGUACUUCAGCAAAUAUGGCAGGAUUGUUGAAGUUCUUCUGAUGAAAGAUCGUGAAACAAACAAAUCAAGGGGCUUUGCAUUUGUUACGUUUGAAAAUCCCGCUGAUGCGAAAGAUGCAGCUCACGAGAUGAAUGGAAAGUCUCUUGAUGGCAAGCCUAUUAAAGUGGAGCAAGCUACAAAGCCUCAGUUUGAGAGUGCUGGCAGGCGUGGACCACCUAUGCACUCCCGCGGUCGUGGUCCACCCAGAGGUCCUCGUGGUUCCAGAGGUGGUUUCAGGGGUCCCCCAUCCAGAGACUACUACGAUGAAGGGGAUUCCUACUAUAAAGGGAUGUCAUCUAGAGGCCCCCCUCCAAUGAAACGAGGUCCCCCGAUCCGUGAUGGAGGUCCCCCUCCUAAAAGGUCUGCACCAUCUGGUCCCAUGAGUAGACCCCCAAUGUCCAGAGACCGGGAUCCCUAUGGUCCACCCCCACCUCGUAGAGACUCGAUGAUGUCAAGGAGGGAUGAUUAUCCAUCACCAAGAGAUGACCAUUACAGCUCUAAAGACAGUUACUCCAGUCGGGAUUAUAAUUCUAGAGAUUCAAGGGACUACGGACCUCCUUCAAGAGAUUACUCGUACAGAGAGUAUUCUAAUUCCAGCUCCCGUGAUGACUAUGGCUCAAUGUCGAGAGGAUACAGUGACCGUGAUAGUUAUGGGGGUGGUCGGGAACCAAGAGGCUACGUUGAACGACCCAGUGGUGGCUCCUACAGAGAUUCAUAUGAUGGUUACGGUAACUCUCGCAGCGCCCCACCCUCACGGGGCCCCCCACCAUCCUAUGGUGGAAGCAGUGGAAGCAGUCGUUACGAUGACUAUGGAAGCAGCUCCCGGGAUGGAUAUGGCAGUCGUGACAGUUACCCCAGCAGUCGGAGUGACCAAUAUCCACCUAGCCGCGGAGAGCGAAUGGGCAGGCAGGAAAGGGGCCCAGCCCCCCCUGCUGAUAGAGGCUACCCUCCUCGUGACUCGUAUGGCUCAAGUCGUGGCGGGCCACGAGGAGGCCGAGGUGGAAUCCGAGCUGAUAGGGGCAUGGCUCGCAGUAGAUACUGACAUGGACUGGGAAAGCGCAUAAACGUGAACGCUGGUCUCCAUACACACUUAAACACGUGCUUUGGAAGAAAUCUGUGAAAUCAAAAUAGGCAUGUCUAACUGUGGAGUAGGAAGCUUGGCUUUGUAUCUCGACUCUCCCAGUUUUGUAUGUGUACAAAAUUUUUAUUUUCCUUUUUUAGUUGUUCCUGCUUAUGUCACAUUACAGUAACAAAGUGUUAGUUUUUGUACAUUUAGUGCUGUUGGAACCUGCAAUACCUUAUGCGUACUUGCUUUCAUACUCUAAUAAAGCUUUUAGUUGAA